AUGAGGUCAGCCCAGGACACCAGUGCUGAGGAGGGAGUGCUCACCACCUUGUGCUACGAGGCAAACAGCUCCUGCUACAGGACCUUACACCCCUACGGGAUCCAGCUGGGCAUUUACCUGGCCUGUGCCUUGGGCAUGCUGAUCAUGGUGCUGGGGAACCUGCUUGUCAUCUUUGUCAUUUCCCAUUUCAAAGCCCUGCACACCCCCAUCAACCUCGUGCUCCUCUCCCUUGCCCUUGGUGUCCUCCUCCUGGGGCUGACGGUCCUGCCCUUUAGCCCCAUCCAGUCUGUAGAGAGCUGCUGGUGUUUCGGAGAUGACUUCUGUAGGCUGCACACCUUUCUGGACACACUCCUUUGCUUGACCUCCGUAUUUCAUCUGUGUUUCAUUUCCAUUGAUCAACAUUGUGCCAUUUGUGACCCUUUGCUCUACCCAACAAAGUUCACUGUAAGAGUGGCCUGCAUUUACAUUGGGGUGGGGUGCGUAAUGCCUAUGGUUUAUACCUCUGUCUUCCUCUACACUAAUGCGAUUGCAGAAGGACUGGGCCAUUUUUUGCAGGAUGUGCCCUGUGUUGGUAGCUGUCAGCUGCUGUUUAACAAGCUCUGGGGGUGGUUGAACUUCCUGGUGUUCUUCUUCCUUUGAUUCAUAACAAUAGUUUUGUAUGUAAAAAUAUUUACUGUGGUUAACAAGCAAGGGCUGAUGAACAACAUGAACAGGAGUCUCGGGUCUCAGCCACACAUAGGAGCCUCCAAGAGUUAAAGGAAAGCAGUGAAGACUCUUGGGGUAGCUGUAGAAGUCUACCUGCUGCACUGGUUGCUCUUUACUAUUGACACCAUGGUAGACAGUCUUCUGGAUUUCAUUACCCCCCCAGUUCUGUUUGACAUCCUAAUUUGGUUUGCUUACUUCAAUUCUGCCUGCAAUUCCUUGAUCUAUGUAUUCUCCUACAGCUGGUUCAGGAAAGCUGCAAAACGAAUCUUAACUCAUGAGAUAUUUUGUUCCAGGACAUCUACAGUAGACUUGUACCAGGAAGGACCAGAGCUUUCCCAUGCACUGUAG